CAACCUAUAAGUUUGCGUAGAAAUCAAAUUAUUUUACGCAAAAUGAGUUAAUUUUUUAUUAAACAAGUACCUUCGUUUUACAGACAUUGCGGGCAAAUUUUGUGAUAAAAAUUAAACCGAAAUGGUCAGUUUAUUGGCCAAAACAUUCCCGUUUCGCGUCUCGAAGGACAGAAUACGACUUUCGCUGCUUUCCCAUCUCCUAAAGCCGGGCACCGAGCUUAUAAAAACGCCCAAGUCGAUUUAUCGAUCGAAAAUGUAACCGGAGUAUUACUGUUUGAAUAUUUCAAUUGCGCAACAAGUGUUAGUGGAUCGUCAGAUAAGUAUGCGUCGAUGGAUCCAUCUGGUAAUAUUCGGUGCUGCCAUCGGCGUCGCAAAAUCCUACAGUUUUAUGAAAGCAGUUAUUCUAGCUGGAUUGGGAUUGGCAGGCCUCUGGAUGCUGCAUACGUUGGCUCAAGACUUUAACGCAAUCAUGCAAAAUGGAUUCGGGAGUGGCGGCGGCGGCGAUCACGCAAAUGGAGCCAAGCUUUUCAACGAUCAAGAAAUCAAAGUUUUCAAGCGAUCAACCAAUGACAUCCACGAACCGACAAUUGAUUGGGAAAGAGUCAUUAAAAGAGACCCGGCUAGUUGUGCCCGCAGUUUUAUCUGCCAAUUGGCCGCUUCGAAGGAAUCAGACCUGAUCACUGAGGAGAAAAUGAUCUUGAAUUUAACAAGGGCCGCAGCUGGAGAAGACUCCUGGGCCAGCAGGCAACUGAAGGAGGCUGUAGAUAACGGAGAAUCAAUUUCUUUCCCGUAUCAGUGCAUGAAAAAGUACAAAUUCUGCCCAUACACAAAGCGAAUGAUGAUGUCUUUACUUCGGGUAUUCGGAAACCGAUGAGCAAGGCGAUUGUAAAUUUUAAGUCAUGGCAACAAAAUUUUCUUGGGUCAAAACCUUACACUUUUUUUUGUUAGAAAGCUGAAAAAUGUACAGUUUUAUAAAAGAACAUGGAAGAAAACGUCUCUAAUUUUAUACGAAAAAAAUCGAAUUUCUUCCUCUUCACCAUUGAAAUUAGGUUGCUAGCAUGUAGCAUGUAUGCAUAGAUUUAAGGAUUAUGUUAUCAUUUACUUCUCCUGCCUUCGAAGAACAGUUUUUAUGUAUAUAGUCAAUUAGCAAAUAAACAAUGCUCAACUACAAAA